AUGUUUCGAUUCCCCUGUGUACCCCGUAAGCGAGAAAGGGCUGGCCCGUUGGGCACCAGUCAACGAAGACCAUCACGAUCUCCGCGUAGUCAAAGGAGUCGUAGCGCGGAUGUCGAUUGCUUGAGGAAGUACACAGAGAGACGAGUAGAGGAGAGAAGGCACACAGAGAUACCAGAUGCGAGCAAGCUCGAUCCAUCCCGGUGGAUACCAUUGCCGAAAAAUAUCACGCGAAUCCAACCGGCGCUGAAGAAGUCGCCGCAGCCGUCGAGGGACGAAGAGAAACGACGCUCAGUCCCCGGCGAACCUGAGGAGGAUACCGCGACCGAUAGCAAAGGGAGCGGGGGAACGCCGAAGAAAUUGUCACCCACGAAAGAGGAAGAGACGACGAGAGGAGCGGAGGCAGAAGAGAAAGACGAUAUCUCGCCAGCCUCGUACAGACAGACUGCCGGCAGGAGUCACAGCGCGGACGUCAGCCACUUGAAGAAAGAGAAACUAAUCGAGGAACGAAGGCAUACGGAGUGCAGCGACCCCAGAACGAUCGCGACGAGGUGGCUACCGCAAAUUAACACCUCAAGGUUCCGCUACGAUGCAUCCCCGUUCACAAGGAUCAGCAACAGCUGCGAAAUCACGAAAAACGCCGCGACCAGGUGGAUGAUGUUCGUGAAGAAUCCGUCCCCUUGUCCGAUACCGCGAAUGAAUCCGGAACGAAAGCCUUCCGCGGCGGAUGCAUGCCACGCGACCGAUGGCACGCAGCUUAAAAGCGUUAGAACCGAAUCGCCCAAGUGGGAACCGCUACGAAAAUUCGCGCCGGCUGCGUCGAAGAGCGCCGAAUCCAGUCCGAAACAAGACAAGUCGGAGCCGAAUCGAGAUUCGUCAACGACCAGGCAUUCCCCCGACGCCAACGAACAAUCGAAAAGGCUUACUCAGCGCAUGCGAGAUCUGUACGACUUCAAAACGGAGAACGAGUGGCCGAAGAGGGCAACGAAUGUUCGACGCGGGAACACGUGGAUAAGUAAAAGCAGCAGCGAAGAGGAAAGGACUUGUCAUCCAGUUCGUAGGAACAGUCAGGACUUGGAAUUCAACGACAGAAUGAACGUGAUCAAGCUGAAGGAUACGAAGGUACAGUCCGAUCACCAAGAAUCACCGAAACGGCCGAGAACGCCGAGGAAAGAGGAGCCGGCACGUUCGGCUGUCGUCGAUGUCUACAACAGCGAGUACGAGGAACGUUUGAGAAAGUUCAACGAGAGGCUCCGUUACAGCGAAGAUCUAGGUUCGACGAGGCCAAAGAUAAAGGAAAGACGAACUUACUCCGACGACUACGACGAGAAAGCUCGUCGCGCUUCCACGCGAUCCGCUCGUACGGAGUGCUCGACGCGGACGACGCGGACAGAUUCGAUUCGACUGUCGCGCGCUGAAGGCUCGAUUCGAUCGACGAGAUCGACACGCUCGGAAGAUUUGCCGGGGAGUCGCCUUCAAGCCGAGAAGAAACGAUCUUCGGACGUUAGUACGAGAGCCAGGGGAAGUUACGCCGAGGUAACACCCACGAAGAAAAGAGACUCGCGGACGAGCGACGCGAGUUACGCCAGUGUCGCCAACUACUCGAAGAGAGCGAGCGUGGACUGCAAGAGCACGAGAAAAAUGGUGGAUCUUCCGCCGCGAAGGGCUUUCAGUCAAGAGAAGCCAUCGGAAGAGAGGCCGUCGGCGCCGGUUCCGCCGAUAGAAUGGAACGACGAUCGUUACGCGGCUGCUCGUCUCAAGGAGGUCGCUGAACGCCAGAAGAGGGACAGCACGAGAUACAAAGUGUACCUGACGUAAAAAUAAACGAAGAAAAGCUGCGCGUUCUUUCUAUUCCUCGCACUUCUUCGCGCUCAAUGAGCAACAAGUGUUGGUGAGAAUUCCGUCGAUGUCGAUUCCUCCAGUGUUUCUGUCUUCGACAGAACUGACUCGAGAGGAGUCACAAAGAUGCGAUAAAUUUACGUUCAAUGAUUUAUUUCAUCGACCCGCGGUCGUUGGUAAGGCAAUAUUUUAAUCGAUUGUUAUACACGUAAUCAUUGAGAGUUCACUAGCAUCCGAAAUUUUCCACCCUUUGUCCACCGUUCAGUGUCAAGCCUUUGAAUAUGUGUAUUUUAUAUAUGGAAGAUUCUUGUGUAAUUUACUGCGACAUCGUUGAGCCGUUCGCCAUUCCAGAAUCGAGAUUGAUUUUUCGAUAAUUCGGAAAACAAAUGUCGCAUGAAUAGGUCGUAAAACGUGAAAGUAAAUCAUUACCUGAUGCUGUACAGAUCGUCACGUGUAACAUGAUAUUUAACUAAUAAAAUAUUCUUUAAAAAAAAAAAAGAAGAACGACAUUUCA